AUGUUUCAUAGAAGGUUUCAUAAUCAAACACUUCAAAUUUUGCUAAUAUUUUUCGUAAUAUUGAAUUUUUAUCAAUAUAUUGUUUUUAUUCAAUGUGCUACUACUGAUAAUGAUUCUAAUAAUGCAGUGACAACUACAAUUGAAAAUCUUUCGACAACAAUAUUAGCAGAACGUUUCAGUACGACCAUUGCAUCUUCAACCUCAGACAAUGGUACAAUUUAUUCUACAUCGCUAACUGAAGGUAUUACAAAUACUGAAUCGACGAGUAAAGAAACUACUGAAAUAUCAACGACAACUGAACUUGACAAUGGAACAACAAACCCGCAAAUAUCUACACCAUCUUCAAAGAAUCCAGAAGAAAACAGCACCCCAGUAGAACCAACCACCACAACUUCUGAAAAACCAGAGACAACCACUGCGUUUGAACUUUCUGAAGAGAAUUGUAAAGAUAAAGUUAAAAUAGAAAAAUUUAACGUUACAAGCUCUACAUCAGAAUCAUUAUUCGUUGAAUGGAAAACCAGUAAAAAUUAUAAAAAUUGUGUUGAAACAGUGAAUAUAACAUGGGUAGAUGACGAUGAUAAUGAAAAAUUCCAUGAUUCUAAUUUUAAACCAGGAGGUGGAUCAUGGAAUAUAACCGAUUUAUGGCCGUGUCGCCGGUACACCAUAAUAAUAAAAUUAAUUGGUGGAGAAGAAAAUUUUAUUGUAGAUCAAGCAACUAAAGAAAAGGGAACCGAAAGUGUUGUUCCAAAAGCUGUUGAGCUAAUUACACACGAUCCCACCGUAAAUUCAAUUGAAUUAUCAUGGAAAUCUACUACUGAAAAAGAUAAGUAUUGCUUAACUGGUUAUAAUAUAACUUAUCAUCAAACUGGAGAUCCGGAACAUACAAUAGAACCAAUAAACUUACUGCCUAAUACAACAAAAUAUUCCAUUGAAAAUUUACGUCCAUGCACUCAAUAUGAAAUUACUAUUACGUCAAUUGGAAUUGACAAUAGAAAGGGUGGCGAAACUUCUGAAGAUGCUCAAACAUCAUCAGUAGCCCCAGCUACUGUCAAGCUGAAGUUGACACCCACAGAGAAUACAAUAAUUAUGGAAUGGACUUCUGAUUCCCAAAAAGGAGUGGAAUGUUUAAAAGGAUAUCAAAUUUCAUAUAAGUUGCACACAGAAGGAAAUUAUCAAAUUAUUGAUGGACUUGUAGACAAAACUGAAAAUAGGUAUUUGCUAGACGAUUUACUGUAUUGCAACGAGUACGAUAUUGAAAUUCUACCAGUUGGUGAAGAGAAAAAUGGAACAGUGGCUAAAGAAUCGACUACAACUGAUUUUACAGCCCCAUCUGCAGUCCAGAAUUUUAGAUUAAGUACUGAAAAAGAUACUAUUACAGUUAAAUGGGAAGCACCUAUAAAUGCUUCCGAAUGCGUUGUUGAAUACCAAAUAAGUUGUCAUCUUGAAAGUCCUGAAGGAAAUUCGGAAACAAUAAUUUAUAAUUCAAAAAAAUUUUCACACACAUUUGAAAAUUUAAAUUAUUGUUCUACAUACACAAUUGAAAUUAAGCCUUUAGGUCAGGAAGGGCAGAGUGGUAAUAGCACUUCAAAUAGCAUUGAAACUGAAUCCAUAGAUAUGGUUGAUGAAGUAGGUGAUUUAAAAUCGACCCCUCAUCCCAAUUCAAUAUUUGUAGAAUGGGAAGCUCCAUCACAUUCUGCGUGCGUUGAAGGAUACAAGAUUUCGUAUCUAGCUAAAAAUAUUGUUACUCCAAUUGAAGAUAAUACCACAGACUUAAAUUUUAAAAUAUCAGAUUUAGAGCCAUGCAUUGAGUACAAUAUUACUGUUCAGCCAAUACCAAAAUCUGAGAUAGGAUCAAAACCUAGAAGUACGGUGUCCACAACGUCAGCAAUUAAACCAUCGGAAGUAACUGAUAUACAGAUAGAUCCACAACAAUACGCGUUGAAUAUAUCUUGGAACCCACCAGAAACUGCUAGACACUGUGUAAAAAAAUAUGGUGUUAAAAUUGACGAUACCACGGAGGAAUUCACGGAAACUGUAACUAAAAUGAUGCGAAAUUUAAAUGCAUGCGCUGAAUACAAUGUUACAAUAACGCCAAUUUAUGAAAAAGACCAGAGAGGAGAAGCAUCAUCGCCCAAAAAAGAAAAAACAUUACCCUCAGUAACGAAUGCUCCAACUUUAAUAGAAGCAAUUGUUGACAGAAAAUCCGCAACAUUACACUACUCCCUUGACUUAGGAAAGAAUUUCUGUAAAUUAGAAACUGCUACAACUAUUUGUAAUAAUGGAAAACAACCAAUAACAAAUUAUACUUCACUUAAUAACACUUGGACAGAAAUAUAUACAUUUGAAGUAGAAAUCACAGGGAUGACAGCAUUCACCGAAUAUACGUGUUCAACAAAUAUUAAGAAUGCUGCUGAUGGAAAAUCAGAGGAAGAUACCACAUAUAUUAAAACCAAAGCAGAUGUUCCAAGCGAACCACUUAUCGAAGAUGUAAUUGAAAUAAAUUCAAACUCGUUUAAAAUCAUCUGGCAAAAUCCGGAAAGUAUUCCUGGUGAAAAUUAUUCAGAAACUUUGGAAAUUAUUGAAAUUGGUCCGAAAUUUUAUAUACCUUCUGAUUGUAAUACGUCAACACAAAACAAUACCAUUAUUCCUGAACUUGAAAAAGGCCAAAAAUCCUAUUACUACGACCAGGCAAAACCAUAUACAGAGUAUACCAUAAAAAUAUUUGGAACUACAGAAGCUGGAAAUGGACCUCCUACGUAUAAAACUAUAGUGACCAACCCAAGUGCUUCUGAGCCAGUACGAGACUUGAAUGUUUCAAUCAUUUACAAUAAAGACAAAAAUUAUUCGUAUCCAUACGAUAUACAAGUUAAAUGGCAAAGCCCAUGUAAUUCAUCGGGUAAAUUGCAAAGCUUUUUUGUACAAGUGGGUGAGAAUGAAGAAUUUUCUAUAGACGCUGUAGAAAAUAAAACAUCAUACAGUACAUCCUUAGAAGAUCUGAAACCAGAAACAAAUUAUAUGAUACAAGUUUAUGCUCAAACAUUCAACAGCCCUGUUUCUUCUCCGGCGCCAUGGGAUUUUAUAACUCCAGCUGGAGUACCUAGUUUUACAAAAGAUUACUUGAAUAUAUCAGUGGAUCCACAUAAAACAAAUAGUCCAGAACAUAAAGCUGAAAUACAAUUUCCUCAAAGUAUAUUUGGCAACGAAAUGGGUACUAUAAACUUUUAUUCAAUAAUUAUAUCAAAAGCUGGAUUUGAAGGACCUCAAAAAUUUGAAAGUUGGAAUGAUACGGGGGAUAAUUGGGUAAACGAUGUGGAAAAAUGGCCAAAUAAUCGAUAUCAAGCUACGCUAGUACGAUGGAAACCCUUAUGUAGAGUCGGAAUGCCUUGCAAUUUCAUAAUCGGUGUCGACGAUUGUAAAGAUCUAAAUGUCAAAGAACAAUACUGUAAUGGGCCAUUAGAUCCAAACACUAAUUAUUCUGUACGUAUACGAGGUUUCACAAGUAAAGGUUUCUGUGAAACCCCAUCGAUUUAUUUCCAAACAGCUGUUUCAUUCAAUGUAGGAAUUAUAAUUGCUGUUAUAAUAAGCCUUUUUAUAUUUGGAACUUGUUUAUCAUUUGCGAUAUACUUUAAGAAUGGAAAUGCGUCAGUUUGGGUGAAAUCAAUUUUCCUUUGCAAGGAUAUAAGUACAAGUGCAUCACAGAAUACAGUAAUGCCGCCAAGGAUUUCAGUACAAAAUUUCCCAGCACAUUGUAUAAUGUUACGAUCAAAUGCAAAUCAAUUAAGUAGUGAAUUUUCAUUAUUGGAAACACUGAGUGAUGAUAUUGCGUUGUUAACAUAUAUAGGAGAUUUACCACAUAAUCGUGUGAAAAAUCGGUAUCCAAAUAUCAAACCAUAUGAUGUUACGCGGGUCAAACUACGUGUAGUUCCAGAUGAAUUUUCGGAUUACAUAAAUGCAUCAUAUAUCAAGGGUUACAGCAGUGAUGUUGAGUAUAUAGCAACACAAGGUCCUAAAGAGGAAACAAUUGAUGAUUUUUGGCAAAUGGUGUAUGAAAAUGACGUAAAACAAAUUGUAAUGGUUACAAAUUUAACGGAAAAAGGGAAGAGUAAAUGCUAUAAAUAUUACCCUGAAGAAUUAGAUCCGGUAACAUGUAAUAACGGAAUUGAAUUAGAAUGUGAAUUUAUAGAAUUUAGGCAAGCAUUUACCAUACGUCACAUAUGCUUAAAGAAGAAAAGUAAUCCAUAUUUAAUUGAAAGGAAAUUAAUACAUUUACAAUUUCAUGAGUGGCCUGAUUUUGGUGUACCUCAAAGUACAGAUUCAGUAUUAAAAUUAUGUCGAGAAAUUCGAUCUCAUCAAGCUCACAAUUACGGAGUAGUUGUUGUUCAUUGUAGUGCUGGAGUCGGAAGAACAGGAACUAUAAUUGCAAUUGACAUUUUGGUGCAAGCAAUUCACGCUAAUCGUAAAAUCGACGUAUUUGGAACUGUACAUAAUUUACGAAAACAAAGACAGCAUAUGGUAAAAAAUGAGGGGCAAUACGCAUUCAUCUAUAGUUGUUUACGUGACGAAAUAUUAAAUCCCCGUGUGUUUCAAGGUACAGACCGACAUAGCAGCAGUUAUACAUCAUUCUAUGAACGUGGAUAUUAUAAUUUUUACGAUGAUGGUGAUUUACGGAAGUUAUCGAUUGAAAGUGCUAUGUAAAUAAUCCCAAUAAGCGAAGAGACUAUCAUACAAAUAUCUUAAGAAAAAAGUAAAUGAAAAAUUUCUUGAAAAUGUAUUUUACGACUAGAGAAGAUGAAUGAACAUGAAAUCUAAAUUAUUUUUAAUUUUUUUCGCCGCCUGCUUACUCGUAUUGCGUUUGAACGUCAAAUUUAUCAGAUAUCGACUAAAAAAAUUACUCCGGAAUAUCACGU